CCCGCCCUCUCCCGGCGCGAUGUUUGCGCGACGGCCGCGGUGACGUAAAAGCCCCGCAAGGACGGCGGCCAGGGAGGAAACGUCUGCGCCGCUGCCCGAGGACAGCCAUGCCAUUUCUGGAUCUCCAAAACCAGCUGGGCAUUAAUCUAGAUCGAUGGAUGCUCCGCUUGAGUAGCAAGCAGCCCUUUCAGCAGCCCAGCGUGUGCCACACAUUUGAGAAGGAGUGGCUGGAGUGUUCGGAAGGCAUUGGGCUGACCCGGGCCAAGGAGGAGUGCCGGCUGGAGGCGGAGGAUCUGCAGGAGUGCAUGACCAAGCGCAAGAUGCCUGUCUUUUCUGCUCCUUUCCUUUUGCAGAUGCAGCGUGUCCGAGCCAUCUUGAAGCAAAGGGACUUAAUGAUUAAGGAGGGGAAGUACACGCCACCCACUGACCAGAAUAAAGACUGAGAGUUUGGCUGUGAUCCCCAGGGAGAAAACCUCCUUUGCUCCCCAGGAGCCAAAGAGCUCUUAAGAGGUUACUAAAGAAUGGUUUAGUUGGAAUCUUUCAUUUCUCUCUUUUGGUUUAUAGUCCUGCCCAUGAAUAAAUUUCUUCUUUGGAGCCUGGAA